UACACCCAGAGCGCCUGCGACACGUCGGGCGGCUCGAUCGUUCCGAACAGGCUCGGCAACCAGAAGUGCUGCAACGUCCCCGAUUCCCGCCAAGGCGAGUUCAACGGCUCUUGCAACGACCAGAAGGCGAGUGGCAACUUCAAACCUCUUGCUCAGGCGUGCUAG